UAAAGAGAGAGAGAGAUGAAGAGAGAGCGCUUUACUGCAGUAUCACUACAUUUCAGCAUCACUCAUCAAAACUCUGCGGCAUGCGGACGAGAACGGCAGAUGGCGGGGUUGUACUGAGUGUAGUGUCAACAUUAACUGUAAUUAGAUACCCUAGCACGGAGCUGCCAGAUUUUCAUCCUUUUUGCAAAGCAGCUCUUCAUUUGUGUACUUGAUAGCGGUUUUCUGCUUUCUAUCUGAGUAAUUGGCACCCGUUUGUUUCCAGAGCAACUCUGUAACAAGUUUUGUAGUGUAGGCCUACCUCACAGCUAGAUACUUCACAUAUCACCCUAACGACUUUCUACAUUAGGCUAUAAAGCCCGGUAAUAAAAACAUCUAGAAAUGGCAAAAGAUGCCGAGAAGAGCACUUGGAAGGACACCAUAUGGAACCCCAGUACGCGGGAAUUUUGUGGCAGGACAGCGAGCAGCUGGGGCCUCAUCCUGCUCUUCUACCUAGUGUUCUACAUCUUCCUAGCAGGCAUGUUCUGCCUCACCAUGUAUGUCAUGCUGCAGACCUUGGAUGACUACAAACCCACCUGGCAAGACAGGCUUAGCACACCAGGCAUGAUGAUCAGACCCAGGGGAGACACCAUGGAGAUCAACACCCACAACACUGAGAGCUGGGACAUGUAUACCAAGACCCUGGACAACUUCCUCUCUUCCUACAACAACUCUCUGCAGGCUGAAAAGAAUGACAAGUGCCCACCAGACCAGUAUUUUAUUCAGGCAGACAGCGGUGAUGUGAAGAACAACCCCAAGCGCUCCUGCCAGUUCAACCGAUCCCUUCUACAAGAAUGCUCUGGCCUCAAUGACCCUACCUAUGGAUACCAGGCUGGCAAGCCAUGCAUCAUCAUCAAGCUGAACCGGGUCAUUGGGAUGUUGCCAGGAAAGGAUGGCCAGGCUCCAUUUGUCACUUGUGGAGCGAAGAGGUACAAAGUUGGCAAAGAUGAGUGGAACGAAGACUCUGAUAAGAUUGGAGAGGUGGAGUACUACCCUGAAAAUGGCGCCUUCAACCUCAUGUACUACCCUUACUAUGGCAAGAAAGCUCAGGUGAACUACUCCCAGCCUCUGGUUGCCAUUAAGUUCCUCAACAUCACCCUCAACGAAGACAUCAACAUCGAGUGCAGGAUCAUCUCCAACAACAUUCCUCCUGGGAGUGAAAGAGACAAGUUUGCUGGAAAAGUGUCUUUCAAACUGAGGAUCAACACUAACCAAUAGAUGUACAUUCUCUUUCUCUCACAAAUAUUCACACUGACAUGCUGUGCACAGGUACACACACACACAUACAGAAACCGAUAACAGAAUUAACACCCUCAGUUUGACGAAUAGAAUAUGUUUACAACUUUCAUUUACCCUCGAUGUCGGACAUUGUAUGCCCAGUUUAGUGAUGUCAGAUUGGUGCACUAAAAAGGGGGGUAAUUCUGUCUCUGUUUUUGUGUGUGAGAUUUGGAACUGAUUCUGUUCUGUAAGUUAGUUUGACUUGAAGUCUAUUUAUCAGCACGUCUUACCAGUUUACUGUGGGUCCUUCCUUGCUGCCUCCCUCUAUAGAGUGCCCCUUUAUAUACGAAUAUACACUAAAUCCAAUACAAAACAUGUAUCUAUUUAUAUAUAAUGGCCUUAUAUCAGUAUUUCUAUUUUGUUGCACUUGAAUAGUUCAACAGCUAAACAUAUGAUGUAAAAAACAUUUUGGUGGAUGAAUGCAGAGACAGAGUCAUUUUU